AUGGCCAACAUCGACCCCGCUACUCUCCAUUCCUUAAACACCACUGCAGAUAUCGUCACCACUCUCAUCACAUCCAACACGUCGCAGUUGGCUGCAUUUGCUGGUGGCUGUUUCUGGGGGAUGGAACACCUCUUCCGCAGACACUUUGAUAUCCCACAUCAAAUCUUGGACGUUAAAGUUGGCUACGCCAAUGGUAACUCCAACGUAUACUCUCCAUCGUACGAAUCCGUCUGCACUGGCAACACAAACUGUGCAGAAACAGUACUCAUCUCAUACAUCCCGGAAAACAUUACAUACGGUGAUCUCACAAACUUCUUCUUCCACAUCCACGACCCAACGACCCUCAAUAAACAGGGACCUGACAACGUUGGCACACAGUAUAGGAGCGGCAUCUACUACACCACACCUGAACAACAACAGAUCGCCAGCGACCUGAAGCGUCUCGUCCAAGAAGAAUGGCUUCCCAAUGAUACUGUAGUGACGGAAAUCGAACCCCUCUUGAGCUUCUACGACGCUGAACCGUACCAUCAGCUCUACCUUGAAAUCAAUGAAAACGGCUAUCACUGUCCAUCGCACUAUCUGAGAGACACUCCAGGCCACUGA